AUGGAAAAUUAUUAUCAUCAUAAAAAUCAAACACAGAUGUCGUUCAGUAACAAUAACAAUAUUUCAAGAAGAGUUGAUUCAACCAUAACUUCCUUAUCUUCAAGUUCUUCUUCUUCAGCGCAUUCAAGGGGCUCUAAUAAGAACAACACAAGACUACUUAGUACAGGAGACUAUGAUAGUCUAUACAGAGUACCCAGCUCGCCUACCACAGAAAGUUACUACUCUUCUUAUCCUCGUCGAGAGGCUUCUCUCAGCAGUAGUAGUCAAUAUAACAGCAACAGCCAGUAUGAUUCUCGAUCAGCCUAUAUCGAUUCAUUACCGCCCGUACCCGUCGCUUCAUCAUCCAAUAGAUCUCGUCAACGUCUGGAACAAUGUCCAGAAGAGGAAGAGACACAGAGAUACCCGAUUUUCCCACCUACAGAAGAGAUGCUUCAAAAAGCUAGGUCCAAGAUGAUCGAAGCAGAAUCACGACCGUUAAAAGUGAUCUAUGCCGGAGACGCCAUCUACAAACCAGACAGAGGAAUUCUAAGCAAAACGAAACGAGCCCACUUUGUCUUGACGCCGAGAUACCUGCUCGUAUACAAGUCUGCUCAAAAGGCGAGAGGCGAGAUUGACUUUUUCGAGAACCAAGCAGUCAGCACCAAGUCGAACAAACAGAACAUGGUCGAUAAAGACCGUAUCUUUUUAUGCCUUUCCGACAUUUACGCUGUUCACUCCGUAGUGACUGCAGUGCACACCUUCCGCAUAGAUUACCUCCAUCCGCAGUCGCAGCAACCAUUCUCGCACACCUUAACAGCCGAUACCAGCAAAGAGUGUCAACAGUGGAUCCAGGCUCUUCGUGCGGCCGUCAGUGUUUAUCAUCCUUCGAUGAGCACAGUUACAACAAGUGAACGCUACGCAGCGAUUGAUCGAGUGUCAAAGCACGCAGAUGUAUUUAGCAACACGGAUGAUAUGAACAUGUUCAAAGUCGUGUUUAAGGAAAAGCGAUACAAGACAGCUGCAGAUGCGCCUCGUGAGUACUUUUUGCCGAUCAUUCUUGCUUUUGGCAAAUUUAGCUUUUAUCUCUUACCGGCGACAGUGACAGAUGAUGAAUACCGCAAGACAGUCGAACGAGAUCGAUUUGGGUACCUUGCCAUCCAAUCCAUUCGAUAUGAUAAUGUGGAUGAUACCGUCUGUAUUGAAGUUCGACAGGUCAACAAGAAGAGUCGACAGCUCGUAUUUGCAUCCACCUUUUGUGAAGACAUUCUCCGCUACUUUUACCGCGCUAUUAACUCUAUUGUUCCAAAUAAUCCUCUGUCGCUCUAUCGAUUCUCGGUUCCUGAUCAUAUCAAAAAGGCUCAUAUCAUGCCAUUUAGGAUAUCACCUGAUAUCGAUGAUGAGAUGACAGGCCACGAUGAUGAAGAAAUGCAGUCAUUCAAUAUCAUCUUGCGUGCUUAUACGGCUGCUUUGAAUUUAAACAAAUCUCGGUUCCGCUAUACGAUCACGGGUCCCUUAAGGUCAAAGCAAUUUGUUCUCUUGCCUCCUAAUGAAAUAAAUGGAUCACCUUCUACCUAUCAAAAACAUGAACUGCUCGCUUUAUUCAAGACGAUACAAGCAAAUACUUUCUUCCAAGAAGUAUGUUUUGCCAAUCAUUCUUUAGAUAUUCUUGAGAACUGGAAAGUAGAAUCAAAUGAUGGUUGGGCUGUCAACAUCGAUCAUCCCUUGAACGAUGAAAGUGUCUUGUGCAACGAACUUUACAGCCUGUUAACUAGUACCAAAGUGCUUCGUAAGCUGGAUCUUACAAAUUGCUCGAUUGGUAGACCUUUACCUGAAGGAAUGGCAAAAAGGUCAUCUGCUAUAGCCACUAUUGGUACAAUCAUGCAAGCAGGAAAUACAAAUCUGAGUCGUCUCAGUCUUGGAAAAAACACCAUUUCCGAAGUCGAUUUCCAGAGUCUGAUUGAAGGUAUCAAGAAGCAUAAAAAGUCUAUCAAGGAACUCUACUUGCACGAGUGUGGCUUGACCAAAACGAUGAUCGAGAAAGUCCUUUGGACGCUGAUGGAAAAGAAUCCUGAGCAAGUCAUCUGUCUGGAUCUCUCUACAGAAACUAAGAAUAUGAUGAUUGAUUCUGAGCUUGUGUCCAAAAUAGUGUCACACUUUAGACGGCUUGAAAUACUGCGCAUGCGUGGCCAUGAUCUGAUUGGUUUGAAAUAUCGGUUUGACUUGGAGAACAGCCAUCUUCGUGAGCUCGAUAUCAGUGGGUCACUAAUGAACACGGACACGGUCUCUCGGUUAUGUAGAUGGAUGCAAACUCCUGCGUUCAAUGGCAUUGAAGCGCUUCAUUUGAGCGGCUGCGGUCUCAAUGGCCGUCAUGUCUAUGAACUCUUGUGCAGCGUCAGUCAGUCAGGCAAUCGACAGAUGCACCUGAAUCUCAGCAAUAAUCCGAUCAUGAAGGAGGUCAUGCACUUACCCAAGCUUCACUCAGCUAUUCUCCAAGGAGAAGGACCCUGCUCGAUCUCGUUUGCUGGUAUCGAAUGGGACGACUCAACACUGCGUGAAUUCAUUGACUGCUUAAGAGACAAUCAAACCAUAUCUCAUAUUAUUCUUUCUGAUAUCAAGCUGAAGGACACAGACGAAAUCUCUGAUGAUACUGUUCGUAUGCUUACAUCUCUCUUUGAAAGAAACACUUGCAUCAAAGAAAUGGAGCUCAACUUUAAGGAAAACAAAGCUACAAGAUCACACUAUAGUCAAACUUAUACCAAGCCUCUGUUUACUGGUGCACUGGUGCAAGCACUCUAUGGUCUUCGCCAUAACUACACACUACAAUACUUGGAUAUCUCUGGCCUAGGAAUGGAAGACGCUGGUGCUAUGGCUUUGGCACGAGUGUUAAGAACAAACAGAACACUUCAAUCUAUCAUUGUUGAUGACAAUAAUAUUACUAUUGAAGGGUACCGUCAACUUACCAAAGUUAUUCAAGAUAUAGCUACUCAAGUCAUUGAUAUACCCAUGCCUCGUAAUGACCUUCGAUUCCAGCUUCAGUAUCUUACUUAUCGUAUCGAGGAACUCCUCAUUUCCAUCAACGAAGCACAGUUCUUCCUGAUCCAUACGGUAGCCAGUGACAAGAAGCGAGCCAAGACGCGUGAACUUGAAAUCCUCAUCCAAGAACGUAAAUCAUGUGAGCUAGCUUUGAAGAAUAUCGAAGGUGUAAUCCAGAAUCUGAUGAUAACCAUUCAAAAGAACAUGAGAAAUUACGAAGAACAACAUUCUCGCAAUAUGGAAUUUCAGUUACAAGCUCAAGCUGCUGCUCAAGAACUAGCUAUUGCUCAGGUUCGUCUUCAGAGCGGCAGAGCCAAUUCGGUCAAUAGCUUCAACUUGAGCGCGGUUGGUGGCAGGCAGGGAAGCAGUAGUUCAGCCAGCAGCACGACCAGUAGUGUCCGUGGAGGAGCUGUUGGGAGGAAGAACUCGACAGGAGGUGCUUAUCCUCGAUUGGGUGCUUAUCAUCCUCUGACCAGAGCAUCGACCAUUUUGAAUUCUGAUUAUUAUCCUCGCUCUGUUUCUUCGCCCAUUUCUCCUAGCUUCCCCGCCAGUACAAGUAUUGACUCAAGAAUGUUUUCAGCUCGUAAUCGAGACGACGACAUGUUCAACAAGCCUCACUCUUAUGGAUCUCAGCCACCGGUAACACCUUCGACUGAUCAAUACUACCGACAGGACUAUCUGGAUAGCUCCUCUGGUCUUAUUUCUCCUCCACUUGGUAUGAGCUUUGGUACGAGGCAUGUAGAUGAUCCUGGGUUCAUUAGUGAUUUCGGUUAUGUGGAUGAUUUUGAACUUGGUGUAGAAGCUGCUUAUUCUGAUGUGCAAAAACCUAAUGCAAGUGUAACGGAUCUUGACUCGAUUUGGGAUGAAGAUAGAGUUGUAGAUCACUUCUCAAGAAAACUAUACUUACCACCUGAUGCUCGAGAAUAA